AUGUAGUUUUCUGAGACGUUUGCUUGGGUGCUCUGGCGAAAGGCUGCUCGGUUACCCGCAGUCAGUACAGCGUGGGCGGGCGAAUCUUUCUGGACACGCUACAGUUUUCCCUUGCAAGCAUCCUGAUUCCCGUUUUCUUUAGAAGUUGGCCAGCAAUGUCAGAUAACCAGGAUACCGAGACGUUAUCGGGAGAGUGCGGUGAGACACAGGAAUCUCAGGACCCUAAUUCAAAUCCUGUGAGAACAGAGGAGGCCAAACUAAAAGCAAAGUAUCCUAAUUUGGGCCAGAAGCCAGGAGGAUCAGACUUUUUGAUGAAAAGACUUCAGAAAGGACAAAAGUACUUUGAUUCAGGUGAUUACAACAUGGCCAAGGCAAAGAUGAAGAAUAAGCAACUACCAGCAGCAACUGGUCCAGAAAAGAGUAUCGUGACCGGUGAUCACAUUCCAACUCCGCAGGACUUGCCACAAAGAAAGUCCUCCUUAGUCACAAGCAAACUGGUUGGCUAAUCACUACCUCAGAUCCUGAGCGACCCCUUCCCAAAUUUUCUCUCCUCAACUUCAGAGCUCCAUUGGGGUUGUGCACUAUUUGCUUCAUAUAUUGGGUUACAAGUUGUUGUUUUUUUUAAACUCUAUCCCCUCUCAACAGCUCUAGCCUGAUCCACCACACUGUCUCACAAACAUCUGGCUCAGGAGCAGUCGGUUUAGUGAAGGGCCAGUUAAGGUGACGGGCAAUUUUAAUGCACUUUAUGAUCUAUACACCUUCUACAGGAAUGAGAUCAAACUCUUUGUUUGAAAUUAUGGAGGCCACAGACAGUUUGAUCCCUCAUCAAAUACUAAUCAUAUUUACAGGUUCAUAGAGAUGAUAAUCUUUGUUCUUUGGCAUUAGCAGCAUAAGAUUGUUUUCUAAAGCAUAUAGACAUAUUACUUCGCUACUUUGGUGCAAAAUGCAUGUUAAUCACACUUGUAAUUUCUCAUCUCAGUCUGAUCAAAUGUUUGCUUUUUUAAUUCGAUUGACUAAACUCGGUACUCAUCAGUAGGCUUGCGUUAGAAUGUGAAUAGACCAAAAUGUUGUAUUCAUGUGCCGCGAUAAUCAAAAGUGCUUCAACUAAGGACCUGACUCAGCACAGAACAUUGUGUUCAGGACACCUGAUUUGACAUGGUUUAGUAAAACCAUGCAGCCUUGUACUGAGUAAUUAUACGGAAUAGCUCAGGCUCAUAAUUGUUAAGGUAAUAAAUGUAAGUGAACAUAGAUUCCUUUUCUUCACCUGUAUGAUACACAUCAGGAGUUACCAAGGUACAAUCAUUCAGUCUGUUAUGUUACUGUUUGUGAAGCAGGGACAUUAAGAGGAUAGACAGGCAGAUGGAAAAGCACAUUACAUGUGAUAAUAUACAUUUUAAUAAUUUGAUUAAAUAAGUGUGUUCAGGUAAUAAUUAUUUAUCAUAAAGUUCAUUUUCCUGGUGUUGACAUGUCUGCCUUCCUAAUCAAGGAUGGCUAGCUUUUGAUCUAUAGGAUAAUUCUGUUUAGGCCUUGAUGAUAUUAAUCUUAGUUUGUAAUGACGUCUGUACUAAAUACACCUGAUUCAGAAAGCUACAAUGUUAAGACUCCCUUAACACUAGAAGUUCAGAUCCCAUUUAAAUUAAUUCACAUGUACAAACCAUGGACAGAGGUGAUGCAAGUCUGUCAGUAACCUAGGAGAUAAUCAGACUUGGCUGAAAACUAUUCAGGGACUUUAACUGCAUAAUCAUAUUCAUAACUGCAUAUUGAGCGGAACACUUUAAAAAUGUCAUGCAUCCCGCACUCAUACGAGUGACCGUGACUGUGUUUGAUGCAAGAGUUAUGAUGAUAAUAUGGUGAUUUGAGAAAAUUUGCAGGCAAAAUUGAAAAGUAUGCAUUUUGAGCAUGAUUACGUUUGAAUGUUGUUCGGGUGUUUGUUGUGAAUAAUGUAUUAUGUACAGUGUUGUACCAUAACCUCUUUUAGCUGAUCUCAAAUUGUAAAUAGAAAGCACAUUUAUUUUAAUAUUUGUAUUUGCUUUCAUUUCCCCAUAUCUUCAUUUUUCUUAUCUCCACUCUACAGGUUUUCUUUUAACAUAACCAUCAAGUUGUUUGUUAAACAUCUUCCUUUGCAACAUUUUCUUCUCAUACAUACAUACAUAAGUGUAUAUUUUUUCUCAUUACAAAACUGUUAAGAAUUCAGUUCAUUAGAAAACACACUGGGUUACUGUUAAGGCAUAUGCAGUUGUAUAAAGGUGUAGAUGAGGAAACCUUCCCAAGUUGUGUAUAUUUGUAUAAUAAUGACACAAGUAUCUUUAUUCUAAUAUUUUGUCAGGUAUUUAGUUGGAAUUAUAUAAGAGAUAGCCAGGAAAGACUCUUUAGAAAAUACUGCUUUAGAAACAAGAAGGUCUAUGGGGCUGGUUAUUGUGAUCCAUGCAAAUAUUUCAUUUUGCAUUGAAAGGUCAACUCACCACAGCUUUAAUAUGAACUACCCCAUACACUGCUUGAUCAUUUUGGAGUUCCAAAACCUAAUGUUUACUGUGUGUAUCUGUGUACUCAGUGCUGUACAUGCACAGACAGACAUGCAUGCACCUUACCUUUAUGUAUUUAUGAUUUAAGAAGACUACUGUGGACUUGGCAGAAAUGAUAAAUAGGCAUGGGAAAGAAACUGGUUUUGAACAUUAUCCUAGACUGUAAUGUUCUGACAUGUCAAGUUCUGAAAAAUGGAAAAAGCUUAAGAUUGUUGUCUGGAAUAAAGUUUUACAUUGACA